AUGAGCAUUUGGGUAUUCCCAAGAAGGCGCUCACUUGUGUUAAAAUUGCUGCUUGUAGUACCAUCAAUUUGGAUAUGUUCAUUGCUAUAUUUUUCUGUUAAUACAAAGGAAUCAGAAAAGGUCAAUUUCAUGGCACAUCCGAGAGAUGUUCACUUGGGACGAUCACAUAAGUUAGAAGGGUUUGGUCCUCCAGUAAUAGUCGAAGCGCCUAACAAGGAUGAGCGAAAUUCGCUUGACAAAGUUGCAGAUAUUGAGGCAGAAAAGAAUAUUCGUAAACCUAAUCAAGUAUUGUCAAACCCGAAUUCACCCAUCUAUAAAAAGGGUAAUAAAGAUCAGGCUGGUGAAGGUGGAAAAGCAGUUAUAAUUAACAAAAACAAUUUAACUUUUGAUGAAAAACGACGUUACGACGAAGGGUUUAAGAACAAUGCCUUUAAUCAGUAUGCAUCAGACAUGAUUUCAAUACAUAGAACUUUACCUAGUUACAUCGAUGAAGAAUGUAAAGACGAAAAAUAUGCAAAAGAUCUUCCGAACACCUCUGUGAUUAUAUGUUUUCAUAACGAAGCUUGGUCCGUUUUGCUAAGAACUGUUCAUAGCGUAAUUGAAAGAACGCCGGACAAUUUACUCGCUGAAAUUAUUUUAGUCGAUGACUACUCAGAUAUGUCGCAUCUUAAGAAAGAAUUAGAUGAUUACAUGCGACAGUUUUCCAAAGUUCGUAUCAUACGAUUACAAAGUCGUCAAGGUUUAAUACGGGCUCGCUUAGAAGGGGCUAAUUCUUCUAUAGGUUCUGUAAUAACAUUUCUCGAUUCUCACUGCGAGUGUUUAAUAGGUUGGAUUGAACCCCUCCUAGAUAGGAUUAAAAAAAAUCGCAAAACAGUCGUGUGUCCUGUCAUAGAUGUAAUUGAUGAUAACACUCUUGAAUAUCAUUAUGCUAAAGCAUAUUUCACGAAUGUGGGAGGUUUUGAUUGGUCACUGCAAUUCAAUUGGCAUGUGAUUCCUGAUAAAGAUCGUAAGAAUCGGAGGAACAUUGAUCCAGUUCGGUCGCCAACGAUGGCUGGUGGACUUUUCUCUAUUGAUCGUUCUUUUUUCAAUGAAUUAGGGACAUAUGAUCCUGGUUUCGACAUCUGGGGUGGAGAAAAUUUGGAACUAUCAUUUAAGACGUGGAUGUGUGGCGGAACACUAGAAAUUAUUCCUUGCAGUCACGUAGGUCAUAUAUUUCGUAAACGUUCACCAUAUAAAUGGCGGAGUGGCGUAAAUGUAUUGAAAAGAAAUUCUAUUCGGCUUGCUGAGGUUUGGAUGGAUGAGUACAAAAAAUAUUUUUACGAAAGGAUCAAUAAUGAUGUGGGCGAUUUCGGUGAUGUCAGUGAAAGAAAAGCGCUACGUGAAAGACUGCAGUGUAAGUCUUUCAAGUGGUACUUGGAUAAUGUGUAUCCAGAAUUGUUUAUUCCUGGAGAUGCCAUUGGAAAGGGAGAGAUUCGUAACAAAGGCGAAGUAGGAGGGUUUAUUGCACAUCACUGCUUGGAUAGUGAGGUGGGCGAAGAUGUUCAGAAACCAGUGUCUGCAUUUCCGUGCCACAGUAGUGGUGGCAACCAGAUUCGCAAUAAAGGAGGUGGAUCGAAGAAUUGUUUAGAUUGGUCUGCACAUGGGAAGAAAAAGCCAUCUAUUGUGGGUCUGUACUGGUGUCAUAAAAUGGGUGGUAAUCAGUUUUGGAUGCUAAGUAAAAACGGUGAAAUACGGAGAGAUGAAUCUUGUGUUGACUAUGCUGGUACAAAUGUUAUGAUUUAUCCAUGUCAUGGAAUGAAGGGUAAUCAGGAAUGGAGAUAUUUUCCCAAUAUCGGUCGAAUUCAUCAUAUUGUCUCGGAAAAAUGUUUGGAAAUGUCGAAAGACGGUGCAUCAUUGUUAAUGAGCUCGUGUGAUCAAACAAAUCCUUAUCAGCAGUGGUUGGUCCAGCACUUCAAUGAAACGUUAGCUGGUCAUUAUAAACUACUGUAG